GCAGCAGCAGCAGCAGCUGCAGCAGCAGCCAGUAGCCAGAAGUCGCGCUGCAGCACUCCGGCCUGUAUCGACUCUGUCAUAGACAUACGACUGUCUCUGUUCUAUGCGCCAGCAGUAGUACUCUACGGACACGUUCAGAUCUGAAGUCCGACUCGAACUAUCAACCCACCACGAGGCAAAGGAGUAACGCAAAAGUAACACCGCCGCUGAGGCUACUUCAGUUAUUAGUUGAAGUACGAGUUCGAGAUCAGUUGCACUCCGAAGUCCACUGGUUUCUUUGUGAGGUGCAGUUGAUUUGGCUGCUUCGGCACUGAGCUCAUUUGGAUAGAGCUAGUUCUUUUCAACUGCAAGGAAGUUGUUUCUAUCCACAAGUUGGACCGCUUCAAAUGGACUUAGUACGUGCUACUACUAACUUAGUCUAUCAUAGCGAACAUUAGCGUGUACGAUCAGAUUCAUUAAGUUCUACUGCUUGUUAGUUAAUAUUCUGGUGUAGAGUAUAUAGGCACAGUAGCCUUGUAAGCUAUUUGACGCGCAUCUGUAUAGCGAAAGCAUUGUUUUAAUUUACUCACACUCUAACAGUGAGGUCGAAUCGGCUCUUAAUAAGCAUUUGUACAAAAGAUCGUUUCUGCGACAAGCGAAACUCUUCUAGAUGCUGUGUGUUCUCCAAUGAACUUUUCCGCCCACUUCUUUGAUCGAUAGUGCAUUAUUGGUACACGCGCGGUCCACCGUGUGAUAAUAGCAGCUCGAACAAUUCGCAAGCGGACCGGGUCGAAGCGUUUGCUUCGACGUCUUCACGAUAAAAACUUCACGAUAACAUGUUCCAGAAGUCGUACAACAGAACGCCACUGUGCAAUUGACUGUAUUGUGUCUAAUAAGACGGACCCGUUCUAUCAGUCACAGAAAGCACGCGCUGCGAAUUUGUGAACGUGUUUAAGUGUGAUCAUCGCUACGUGUAUGUGUUUCAGUGAUCUUCUGUAUUCAAGCGUAACUUAGAUACGUACUACUUUCCCCUCAGGCAACCCUUGGCCACAACACGGCGUUCGCAACGAUGAGCAUAGCUGAAAGCCAGGCAUGUGGCGGCAGCACUGCAAUGUCUUCAGCGCCCUCCUCGCCCGUCAGCUAUACGCCACCCUCACCGACCUCCGAUUCGGCGCACGAAUCAGCGCUCAAAGCGCAGGCACAGGCGCAACAAGCAGCUCAGCAAAGCCUCUCUCAGGCCGCGCAAAGGUCGCCCUGUUUCCCCGCGCUAUCGUUGCUCUACGGUGCUCAGGUGCCUAACAGCUACCUGUUCGUUGGAUCAUCACCGUUCCUACCUCAUCUGCCUAAUCCUGAUCCAUCCGCAUUUAUGAAUCGCAAUCUGAUGUUCGGCGGUCACCAGAGUUCGGCGUUUACCGAUCUCCUCAUGAAGGAGAAGUGCCUCGAGUUUACACGAAAUUACCACCGGGCAAAGACCUCGCUAGAGGUUCUAGCGCAGCAGCAGCAACAACAAACCGCGCAGCAGAAUCGUCUUGGGGUCGGGGCUGGCCAAACCUGGAGGUCACCCCUCGAAUUGCUCAAGGUCGAGGAUAACAUCGCGAUACAGCAGACGCCCGAAGCCGUUGAUAAGACUCCACAGGGCACUCCGGAGCCCCCACGGUGGGACAAUCUAUUCCGUCUAUUUAACCCGUCGUUACGCAAGUUAUCCAGCCCAGGGCAGACGCCGAUCUGUCCCCUAUGCGGCAUCACGCUCACUCCACAGCAGAUGAGUGAGCACCUCGAGCUGGAAAUGGAGAAGUUUGCCGAGUUCUACAGCUGCAGAAGGUGGUUGGCCCCGACUGAACGAACGCAGGAGGACGAUUUGACGGACCAGCAUUUGGAUCGGAUUUGUCGUCUUCCUUUCGGCCAGGAAAAGCGGUCGCCACUUUCCCGCUGGGAGACGUUCCUCAAGGUGCGCGGAAAUAGACACCAUCGCCUCAACGCUAAAAUAAGCAAGGACGAGGAAAACAACCCGUGGGAUAGACAUUACGCCUUCUCUUUGGCAGCGCGAAAACGCAAGUCCGAGGAGAUUACCAGUUCCCCGCUUGACCUCAAGCAGGAGCAGCCCAGCGCCCAGGACAGACGGUCGAAACAGCUUGAUGGAGUACAAAGUCCCUCAGAGCCACGGCCCUCAUCGGCAGAUCAUCCAAAUAGCCCGAAGUCGCCGGCGGCAGUUACAGAUUCAGCUGUUCACUGCACCGUCUGUGAGAAGCCGUAUGACAAACCCUUGGUAUCAACCUCUUGUUGGCAUGUGCUCUGCGAGGCUUGCUGGAACCAAAGCUUGGCGACGAAGCAAUGCUGUCCGCAGUGUGACGCACCUGCAUCGACCCAAGAGCUUCGACCCAUUCACCUCUGAGGAGGAUGGGUUUUACUGCUACUACGAUAACUUCUACAGGAACAGAAACUGCUAUUGGACGAAGCAGUUCGUUAUAAGUAGCUUAAAAUGGCGUUUAUUCUCUGCGUCAAAGAAGCGUACAUGUUAGCGGGUUCGCUGAUAUGCUGCGUUGUGAAGCAAUGACUUGUUGGGGACCGAUGCGUUUUGUCGUGAUGAGUUACUGCAACUGAUCCAGCACUCAUUACUGGUUAGAUACACACCCGUCUGCUGGAGAGACGGAGCCGUCAAAGGGAAAUAUCGCCAAGUCCGUGCUCUAACAUUCAAGUAAAGUAGCACGCAGAUGCGGUGAUUGGGAUCCCACUAUCGGCCGAAGCCUAUGAAGAUGUCGCAUGGAGUCACCGCAAAAAAAUACUAUUUGCGGCAAUUUUUACCCCACUCCGCAGUCGCUUUGAUACGAUCUCUUCCGUACGCCGCAUAUCUUCAUGAUGAGGUUCGGGCUCAUCGACGAGCUCGAAUGGGAAUAUAUAGUCGCUUGUACAAAAUCCAGUGAUAGUGAGCACAGCUCGCGUAUAGACAAAUAAAUACGAGUCGUAAGAGCCCAAAACAGUGUCAUAUAAUCAAGGAUUAAGGUCAAAGGUGGCUGGUGGAAGAUAAGGAGAGAAGAUCGUGGCUGAAAUAGAAGAAAAAAAAGUAACAGUCGAGAGGUAAAUAGCGAAAGAAGAUUGUCACGCGACUUUUGUUGCCAGGAAACGACCCGAUAGAAUUUAGUCGCCGACGUUUCGUUGUUCUGACGGCUGUUACGGUUGUUGUUAGCUUGUUCAGAACCAAUGAUUAUAAUAGUUUAGAAGUAAAUGAGGUCACGGCGCACGAAAAAAGGGUUGGGCCUGUUGGCAACUUGGUAAAGUCUUCAGCACAAUUGAGACUCACUGAUACAUCUGGGUGCUUUGAAUAUCGACAUUCUUAUUUAUUAGUUGAUUGACUGCAUGGACAUGAUGAUGCUGAUAAUAAUAAUAAUAACAAUAAUAUUUAUUAUUAUUAUUAUAAAAUUAAUAAUUAAAUGAUAAAUACUAUUAACAGCACUCACCGAUACUGAGGGGACAAUAUGACAUUACAAAAUAAGCAAAAACAAAGUUAUCAGAAGGGAUAUAUGAGAUUUCCUGAAAACUCAUCCUGUAUAUAUAGCUCUGUAUGUACGGCAGGCGAGAGGCAUGUGGAAAAACUAGUUAUGGAAAAGGCAUAGUGCGAUGAACAUAACCUAAAUUAUAAAAAAUGAUGAAUCUACUAACUAGAAUUCAGAGUUGCGAAUCUGCAACAGACGAUGUUGAUGUUUAAUGAGAAAUCAAAUGACAGGUAACAUCUCUAGUGAAGCCCCUCCUGGACGGUCUGUCCGUGUUGGAACGGUCUUCUCGAUGAAUUUUGUUAGUGUAGCAUUGCCUUGCCGGUGUCCAACAUCUCUGUAAAUAACAACAACAAGAACAACAACAACAACAACA